AAGAAGAGGGAGAUAUUGAAGACUGUUGUGAAGCCUUGGCAGACCAACCUAUUCUCCCGCUUAAAUGGCCAUAAUACCCUUCACUCCCCUCUCAUCUUACAAUUUCGCCCCUCCUCCACCUUCUUCUCCUCCCCAACAACUCCUCCUCCUCGUUUAUCCAUGGCUACCGCCGCCGCUCAGUCUGCUACUCAGAGUUUUUCAGGUGGAGAUGAUGCCAGUGUUUUUCAGUUGAUCCAAUCUCAUCAGGAAAAGGCUGCUCGGCUUCCCCCGGUUGAGGAAAUCCGUACUCUACUUGAUCGUAGUGUUCGCGGAACGCUCUCCACUUUUUCUCAGAAGCAUGAGGAUCAUCCAUCAGGAUCAAUGGUUGACUUUGCAUGUGAUGCAGAUGGAUCUCCAAUAUUAGCAAUUAGCAGCUUGGCAGUUCAUACAAAGGACCUAGCCAUUAAUCCCAAGUGCUCAUUGCUUGUGGCUAAAGACCCUGAAGAUAGGACUGAUUUGGUGGUCACGCUGCAUGGUGAUGCUAUUCCUGUUUCCGAGAUGGAUCAAGCAGCCAUACGCACUGCAUAUUUGGCUAAGCAUCCCAAUGCAUUUUCGGUUGACUUUGGCGACUUCCAAUUCAUGCGCAUUGAACCAAAAGUUGUGCGAUACGUGUCAGGGGUUGCAACAGCCUUGUUAGGAUCAGGAGAGUUCGGAAGUGAGGAGUAUAAAGCUGCAAAAGUUGAUCCAAUUGCUCAAUUUUCAAAGCCUGUUGCAUCUCACAUGAACAGGGAUCAUGCUGACGAUACAAAAGCCAUUGUGCAACACUCGACGUCUAUUCCGGUGGACUCUGCUUACAUGUUGGACUUGGACAGCCUGGGUUUCAAUGUUAAGGUUGGCUAUCAGGGAGAUAAUUUCAAGCUCCGCAUACCUUUUCCUAGACGUGCAGAGGAUCGAAAGGAUGUGAAGACUUUAGUAGUGGAAAUGCUUCAGGCUGCAAGGGCUCACGAUCGUUAAUCUCACCGUACGUAACAAGGAUAUUUCAGCACCUCGGAACUGCCAUCACAGAGAUAUGGAAAAAUUUGGACUCAAAAGAGGUGAAAUGAGAUAUUCGUUGCAGAAGAAUAUGCUUGUUUCUAUUGUAUGCUCAGAAAGAAAGUCUACAUACUACCAAGAAUCAUGGUUACGGCAUCCACAUAAACUGCUUCCAAACUCAUAAUUGUUUAACGUGAAAACCGAUAUCUGUUUGUUUGUAAAGUGAUCUUCCUUGACCUGUUUGUCUGUGUGACAGAUUGUGUAAAGAAUAAGUGUUAUGGACCUCAAUGUAAUGGGAUUUGAAUAUACGAGAAGUUCGGGUUUAGGUGUUUUUUA